AUGGUUGACACCGAGAAAAGAGCAGUGGGCUGUGGUGCCACAUCCAUCAUAGACCUCAGUGGAAAGAACAAAGAGAAUGAGAAGAAGAAGCGGUCCCGCGUGAAACUAGUGAUGGCAGAUGUGAAGAAACAGGAACUUCUGCCCAAGAAAGUAACCCACGACUGGCUAGAGCAAGUGUUCACCAAAUGUGAAAAUGUGGUUUACGUCAGCGUGCCGAGAUACAAAACCACGGGCCACUCCAAAGGGUUCGCCUUCAUUGAGUUUGAGACGGAAGAGGAAGCACAGAAAGCCGUAGAGAUGCUAAACAACCCUCCAGAGGACGCCCCCAGGAAGCCUGGCAUCUUUCCCAAGACCAAGAACAGGAAGCCUAUCCCUGAUCCACCCUCCCUGAACACCACACAAGACGACAAAGAGGAGGAGAAUAAAUCCAGGGAGAGAGCCAAAAAGGAUGCCUCGGCGGUCCCAGACAAGGGAGAGCUCAGAGAAUGGAUCCUGGUUCAGAAUAACACGUGGGCAGGUUUGACUAAAUCCUGCACUAAGGAUGGUCUCCUGGUCCGACACUAUGACCUGCAAGUCAAGGGUGAGGAAGAGGGGGAGAAGAUGGAAGACUUCCUACUGAAAGCCAAGAGGACAAGGAAGAAGAAGCACAAGGAGAGGGUGAAGAUCAGGAAAGAGGUUAUUCCUCUCCAAAUCACACUCACCAAACCCUUUCCUGGCAGAAAAGUCAUCAAGGAUGCUCUCGCAGAGGUUUCCCCAGUGGUGUAUGUGGACGCCAUAGAGGGUGAUGCUGAGGGUUACGUCCGCUUCAAGUGUCCAGUCGAGGCCAAGGCCAUCAUUGAUGCUCGCACCGGGCUGCAGAACAAACACAGCUGGCAGCUAGAGUUCCUCUCUGGCGACCAUGAACAAAGGUACUGGCAGAAGAUCCUGGUGGACCGCCAAGCUAAGCUGAACCGACCCAGAAACAAGAAAAGGGGCACAGAGAAAAUAAGAUUCCCCUCCAUUUGAAUUUAUAUGGAUUAUGUGCAAGGAUCUCUAGCAGCACCCAACCAUUUUAAUUUGAGGAGAAACAUUUUGUUAAUGAGCAUGUUCACUCAUUAUUAUAUGCCUUAAAUUGAUUUUAACAGAGCAAUGUCUCUGUUGUAUCUCUUUCUGCCCCAGCUCAUUUCCAAAGCUGAGAAAAUCAUCAUAGCUAGGGACAGGAGGCCACUAAACACAUCCGCAUCAUGGAGGACUGAUCAAGACUGUCAAGUUCUACUGUGCGUCCUUUCUUUUCUGAAUAAUUUUCUUCCUUAAGAGUUUGACUGUCGGCCAUUUUGUAAUUUCUACAUAGGAUUAUAUUUUUGUGAAGCUUUGUUUUUCUUUUCAUGAGAAUGGUACAAGCAGAGAGAAGCCAUGGUUUUAAAGGGGAUGUUGUAGUUUUAAAAGGGAUACACGAUAACCUUCCACUGACUGGAAGGUUUUCAUGUAUGGCGACUGUUUUACAAGCAGAAAGCUGCUACGUUAUUUAAAUUGGGAAUAGGUUCGCUCACUAGUUUUUUGUGUUGCAGAGAGAGGUGCCAAAAUUUCAGUUAUGAAAUGUGAAUGUAUAUACUGUAAAUAUGAUUUCAAAACGUGCCCAGAAAAGCUUUGUUCAAGAACAAUGUUUCGGUAACAUGGCAACGAUAACCUUUUCUUUUUGAAGAAAUUUUUACAAUUUUUUAAAAUAAUAAAUAUACAUUUUGGUG